GGCAGCUGCGGCGGGGCCGAAUCCUAAUGUACCUGGCUAACUGGUGGUGAGCAGGGGCUUUGGGGCCAACGUGGUGGGCUCCCCAAGGAAACCCCUUUGAAACCAAUGGAUGCAUUCACGGGCUCGAGUCUCAAGAGGAAGUUUGAUGAUGUGGAUGUGGGCUCAUCAGUUUCCAACUCAGAUGAUGAGAUCUCCAGCAGUGACAGUGCUGACAGCUGUGACAGCCUCAAUCCUCCUACAGCUGCCAGCUUCACGCCCACAUCCAUCCUCAAGCGGCAGAAGCAGCUGCGGAGGAAGAAUGUACGCUUUGACCAGGUGACCGUGUACUACUUCGCCCGGCGCCAGGGUUUCACCAGUGUGCCCAGCCAGGGUGGCAGCUCGCUGGGCAUGGCCCAGCGCCAUAACUCCGUACGCAGCUACACACUCUGUGAGUUUGCUCAGGAGCAGGAGGUGAACCAUCGGGAGAUUCUUCGUGAGCACCUGAAGGAGGAGAAACUCCAUGCCAAGAAGAUGAAGCUGACCAAGAAUGGGACAGUGGAGUCGGUGGAGGCCGAUGGCCUGACCCUGGAUGAUGUUUCAGAUGAAGAUAUUGAUGUGGAAAACGUGGAGGUGGAUGAUUACUUCUUCCUGCAGCCCCUGCCCACCAAACGGCGACGAGCCUUGCUGAGGGCUUCGGGGGUCCACCGCAUUGAUGCUGAAGAGAAGCAAGAACUUCGAGCCAUCCGCCUGUCACGGGAAGAGUGUGGUUGUGACUGUCGCCUGUAUUGUGACCCAGAAGCAUGUGCCUGUAGUCAGGCUGGGAUUAAAUGCCAGGUGGAUCGCAUGUCCUUCCCAUGCGGCUGUUCACGGGAUGGCUGUGGGAACAUGGCUGGGCGCAUUGAGUUUAAUCCGAUCCGGGUGCGGACUCAUUACCUCCACACCAUCAUGAAGCUGGAGCUGGAGAGCAAGCGGCAGGUGAGCCGCGCACCGGCCCCAGAUGAGGAGCCAUCCCCCACGGCCAGCUGCAGCCUGACGGGAGCACAGGGCUCGGAGACACAGGACUUCCAGGAGUUCCUCGCCGAGAACGAGACGGCAGUGAUGCACCUGCAGAGCGCGGAGGAACUGGAGCGGCUCAAGGCAGAGGAAGAUUCCAGUGGCUCUAGCGCCAGCCUGGACUCCAGCAUAGAGAGCCUGGGCGUGUGCAUCCUGGAGGAGCCCCUGGCUGUUCCCGAAGAGCUGUGCCCCGGCCUGACCGCCCCCAUUCUCAUCCAGGCCCAGCUGCCCCCCGGCUCCUCGGUCCUGUGUUUUGCCGAGAACUCGGACCACCCCACCGCCUCAGCAGUGAACAGCCCGUCCUACUUGAACAGCGGGCCCCUGGUCUAUUAUCAGGUGGAGCAGAGGCCCGUGCUGGGGGUGAAAGGAGAGCCCAGUACCGAAGAAGUCCCAGCCUCUUUCCCCAAGGAGAAGGAUCUGAAUGUCUUCUCUCUCCCUGUUACCUCACUGGUGGCUUGUAGCCCCACAGACCCAGCUGCCCUGUGUAAAUCGGAAGUGGGGAAAACGUCCACUCUAGAAGCGCUAGUGCCCGAAGCUUGUAGCCCUGAGGAGCCUGAGGAUGAAGACUUCCGCCCCUCGUGGUCCCCCUCGAGCCUCCCCUUCCGCACGGACAACGAAGAGGGCUGUGUGGUGGAGAAAGGCUCACAGCAGAGUGAGGACAGGCCCCCUGAAGAUUCUUCCCUAGAACUCCCUCUGGCAGUGUGACGCGGGGACGGAGAUUCUGCCUCUUACCCAUUCUCUAUUUAUUCCCUUAUUUUAUCUAACACCAUUUCAAAACAAAACUGUAGAAGCAGCUGCUACUCCCAUGUUAUU